GCUAGAGAGCUACGAAUACAACCACCAUCACAGCUAAUUGAAACAACCAGUUUAUGCUCCCACCAAAAUACCUAGCAAAAAUGACAGACGCAGCAAAAACCUUCUUCACAUCCACCCACUUCGCAGUAGUAGGCGCCUCCUCAGACCCCUCCAAAUUCGGGCACAAAAGUACGUUUCCACCUUCGCUUCCCUUUACCCUCAUCAACUAAUCGCCCCCAGUAUUCGCCUGGUACCUCCACCACUCUCUCCCCGUAACACCCAUCAACCCAUCCUCAUCCAGCAUCACCGCACUCUCCACCUCGCACGCCACCCUCCCCAACCUCUCCGCGCUCCCGGACCCCACGAACACGGGCGUUUCGAUCAUCACGCCUCCCAAGGUGACUAAGAAGGUUCUGGAAGAAGCGAAGAAGAUUGGGGUUAAGAGGGUGUGGUUGCAGCCCGGGACGUUUGAUGAUGCGAUUUUGGAAUUUGCGAAGAGUGAGUUUGAGGCGGGGGUUGGAGGUGAGGGAGGGGGUGGGAGUGAGGGGUGGUGUGUGCUUGUUGAUGGGGAGAGGGCUAUGAGGGAUGCGGGGAGGGAGGGGAAGCUUUAG